AUGACGUAUUUCACUCUCCCUCAUUCUUGCCAUUUCUCCUUGGAUAUUGUUUUUAACUACGAGAUGUUGAAAGUUGGAUCACUGGAUCUUACAUCCGGACUUAGUGGCAAAAUAAAAAAAGAUGAAGUCCUUUUUGCUGUCGACAGAUAUGAAAAGUAUCAUGCAAGUUUUGGAGGUCUUGAUGAAGAGAGGAAGGCAAACUACAUGGACAUGGUUAACAAAUAUUACGAUCUUGCUACAAGCUUUUAUGAGUACGGUUGGGGAGAAUCAUUCCAUUUUGCCCCAAGAUGGAAAGGAGAAUCUCUUCGUGAGAGCAUCAAGCGACAUGAACAUUUUCUUGCUUUACAACUUGGCUUAAAGCCUGGGCAAAAGGUUUUGGAUGUAGGAUGUGGAAUUGGUGGACCUUUGAGAGAAAUCGCUAGAUUUAGUUCUACAUAUGUGACAGGAAUAAACAACAAUGAAUAUCAGAUAACAAGAGGAAAGGUACUAAACCGUGCUGCAGGAGUGGAGCAAAAUUGCAAUUUUGAGAAGGGUGAUUUCAUGAAGAUGCCUUUUCCUGAUAACAGUUUUGAUGCAGUGUACGCAAUUGAAGCAACUUGUCAUGCUCCAGAUGCGGUUGGAUGCUAUAAAGAGAUAUAUAGAGUCUUGAAGCCCGGUCAGUAUUUUGCUGCAGAUGAGUGGUGCAUGACUGAUGUAUUUGAUCCAAAUAACAAAGAUCACCAACAAAUUAAGGCAGAAAUUGAGCUUGGUGAUGGCCUCCCAGACAUUAGAUCCACAAGACAAUGUCUUGCUGCAUUGAAAGAAGUGGGUUUUGAAAUUAUAUGGGAGAAAGAUCUAGCUAAAGAUUCACCCCUUCCAUGGUACUUGCCUCUCGAUACAAGUCAAUUCUCACUUGACAAUUUUCGUGUUACACCUGUUGGACGCUUUUUUACAAGGAACAUGGUUAAGGCCUUUGAAUGGAUGGGGCUUGCUCCAAAAGGGAGUCAAAGGGUUCAAGCUUUUUUAGAGAAAGCUGCCGAAGGGCUUUUCGCAGGCGGAAAGAAGGAGAUCUUCACACCAAUGUACUUUUUCUUGGCUAGAAAGCCCAAGUAG